AUGUAUCAAGCCGAAAAUCUGCUUGAACCACUGCUGAAAAAAUUGAUUCAGUCAUACACUCCCAAUCAAGACGAUGCGUCAGAUUCACCGGAAGCAACCAUUUUUGCAUCUAUUGUUUCUGGUUCUUGUCUUGAAACCACUACUCUUCGACGGGUGCUAGAGCUUUCUCUUCAGUCGUAUAUAUCUUCAGUAAUUGAAUGCGACACUCCAAAAAUAAUGGGUGCUGGAUCUCUUUUACGCCAAGUAUACGAAAAGAAUGUGGCAAUUUUGGACAGCAUCAUUGAUGCAGAGUUUAAACUGUGCAAUGAUACUGGCGAUAAGGGUAAACUCCAUCGUGCUGCUCUUCAAAAGCUUAUGACUUCGUUUCUCAAGGGAACUAUGCUGGAAAGCGUGGAUGAUAAGGGCACUACCUUGUAUCUUAGUUUGCACCACCCUCAACCAGAAGUCCGUCUUUUAGCUAUUGAAAAGCUUCAGUCGAUUUUAGAUACAGAUUUGCUCACUAAUGAAAAAACUAGUAUGCACGACAUUGCUCGUGAAACUCUAUCGGUUCUUAUUACAGACCAAGACCAGACUGUAGCAACUGCUGCUCUUAGCUUUCCCAAUCUUGUCUCGUAUGUGCCUAUAAAUGAGCUUUCUUCAUUUGCUGCAGAUCUAUUGGCAUCAAAGCAUACCGAGACUCGAUUGCGUGCUGCUGCAGCUCAGGUUUUAUGCAAGCUUCUUGAUAAACCAGAUUGCCCAAUGUCUUGCUGUGAGGUGUUGCUUGGAACCAUUUGGCGUACAGAAAAAUCCACUGUUGCAGCCACGCUCUUGGCCUCUUUUCUGCCUGCUCUUUUGCAGCGGAUUGGUAUCAAUACAGCAGCAAGUGUCGAGUUUGGCCAAAAAUUUGUUGAAAAUGUAAAUCUUCAACAGCAACAGCAGUCUGAGCAAGUUCAAGAAACGCCAAAAGAUCAAAGUUCGCCUCAUACACUCAUGAAUAUUGCAACCAUCAAGUUUCUUGGAGAUGCUUUGCGUACCUCGACCAUAUUUAGAGCUUUUGUGAUUCAAAAUGCCGUGCAUUCCAAAUUUGAUCGUGCGCGCUUGGUAGGCAUUUUAGCUCUUGCAGGUGAAAUCAAGUCGGUUUCUCAACUGGACAAAGAUACACUUACAUUGGUGCCAUUCUUGAUGAAGAAUCUUUCCGAGAUCCCGACUACCACUCGAAAUCCUGUUACCAAUAUUAUUGGUAUUAUUGAUAGUAAUCGCAUUGUCAUGUCAGGAAAAGAUGCGCAGACAUUUGCCAUUGUCAAGAUUGUUUUAGAAAUCAUCAAGAAACUUUCUCAGCCAGCCUCAUGGCUUGAUUCGGAAGCAGCUACACAAAGCGUUCAUACAUGUACUCUUAAAGGUGUGUUUUUGGCUGUUCUUGCCGUCAAAAACCAAGCUAUUCGCGAACACCUUGUUGAAAAGUUCCUUGAUCUUGUUGGCACUCGCAACAUUGUUUCAUUUUGUGCCAGUCUUUGGAUCGCUGCCAAUAAUUCUAAUAUAGGCAUUCUGGGUCUAACUAUUGUCAAAAAAUUCAUUUCUUCAAGUUCUGCAAAGGCAUUUGACUAUCAGCUUGCUAUUCCUAGUAUUUUAUUAGCACUUGUUCAUGCAGAUCAUCAUAUUCGUAGUGCAGCCAUGGACAUUAUGAAAGUGAUAUGCAGCGAAUAUGGCAAACUGAGUGGUUUGCAACUAAAGCUUUCUCAAGAGAAUAUAUACGGCUACGAGUACUUUUAUGGAAGCAAAUCUUCCGAGGUUGGAUAUCUCACUGUUGCAUCAGCAGCCAGAUUUGCCAACCAGAUUUGCAACUGGCAACAUGAAAUUAUUGCGGAUGCCUGCUUUUUAAAGAAUAACAUUCACACUGCUCUUCGCCGUGGAGAUGAAGCCAAGAUAAAGUAUCAGGAAGAUGUGUUGGGAUUUUUGUUGACCAACAUUUGUGCAUUUGGCAUUGUAGACGCUCAGAUUCAGUUGGUUUCACUUUUGGAAAACGUGGAUUCGCCAUUAAAAUUGAAAGGACUGUUUCCUCUUGUGGAGUCCAAUACUGCCAUAGUAUUUUCGGAGAUGACUUGUGCAGAUCUUGGCACCGAGAAAUCGACAAAAGAAGUCGAGCUUGUUACUAAGCAUGCCACACUUUUGGGUCUACUGACCCAAUCAUACUCUUCAGCUGCAGUUGCAUCUCUGUUUCAGUCUCGCAGCGGACGCUAUCUUAAAUCCUUUUGCAAUCUUUUGUCUCCAAAUACAUUUUUGAAAAUCAGUGACGCGCACAAACAGCUAUGGUGCACAGUCAAUGCAUGUGCGCUAGAACAAAUUACGGAUACUUGGAUCUCUAGUAUUCAAGUUGAAAAGUGUCAAGUCGUGUUUACUGCACUGAUUGAUCUCAUUGCUUUUGGCGAUGGUGAGAUUUCCGCCAAAGUCAAAAUUAUGCUCAAGCCACUACCUCUCACUGGACAGGCUAUUCUUCCCAUUCUUGAACGUAUUCAGCAACACUUGUCCAAUAAUUUGAAUCCAUCCACAAGCAAGCGUGUUAAAGGUCAAGCAGCAGAUGAUAAUGGCUCUAUUGUUGCCGGCGUGGCAUUAUUGGAGCUUUUACAGUUCAAGGAAAAUAUGACCGACUUUGGAAUAUUGAUUGGUCCUUUGUUUGACAUUCUUGCUGCUCUUUUAAAUGCAGAUAUUGUUCAAACUCUUACUGAAGUAGACUAUUUCAAACAGCUCCUUCUUUCCACGCUUGAGCUAAUAUUCAAGGUUGAUGCUGAAAAGGAAAUUUUGUCGGUCAACGAAGACUCUAUUCGAAUUGAUUUGGUAGUGCAAUGUAUUCGACUGACUGACAAUCCACAGACCCACAACUCUGCUCUCUUGUUGCUCUCCACGAUUGCUUCAGUUGCACCGCAAAGCGUGUUGAUCAAUAUUAUGCAAGUGUUUACGUUUAUGGGUGCCAAUAUUCUUCGACAGGAUGAUAGCUACAGCUUCCAUGUCAUUCAACAAACGCUACAGACCAUUAUUCCUGCUUUGAUGCAACACUUGGACGGAGAUGAUUUCGCUGGAGUUAAACCUAUUAUGGAGGUAUUUGUGCAAGCUUUGCCUCAUAUCCCAGAACACCGACGUCUUCGCCUGUUUACGCUACUGGUGCAGAUCUUGGGAGUGGACAAGCAUCUUGGAAGUAUGCUCGCAUUAAUUCAAUCGAAUAGCAUUAUUAGCAGUUAUUUGGUGGCUCAGCGAGCUAGCGAUGCCAACCAAGCGAUUAGUUUUGGGCUCAAUCUAUUGCAAGAAUUCUCACACCACGAUCAACUAAAAGCCCUGAUCAAAAUAUCGGUAUUUCAGCAAUCUCUUCCAAACCAAAACGUUCAGUGUAAUUCGCCACUUUUGGAACCCAAUAGUGAAAUCAAGACUGUUCGUCGCAUUAAACUUCAGCUCACGAAUUUUGUCAGUCAGGCAUUAAAGUCUAAAGCUCUUAUUCACUCGGCUACCGCUGAGGUUGCCAAGUCUUCAGAAAACUUUAGUGAUUUGCAUUUGAAACUUAUUGAGCUACUUCUUGUUGAAAUUGACACUACGAGUCUUUUUGCUACCGAGGUUCAGAUACGACCCGGAUCGUCAGAUGCCAAAUUCAGCAAGCUGUAUUUGAAUGCCUUGCAAGAAGCUCUUGGACUGGUUAAUAAUCUUCUCCCGCUUGCCAUGUUUAUGCACGUUACUGGUGAGCUUUUGAAACGAAAGGAGGAAGGCAUUUGUCACCGAUCUCUAGUUAUGCUUCGCCAACGGCUUGUAUCACUGGAAGGCACCGAUGAGUUGGAUCAUCAAGUAUUUGUACCUGUGCUGACUAUUUUGGUGUCAAUGUUGAAAACCAAAAGCACAAAAGCCAAAAUCCUUGAAAACAAGCAGCUGGUUAUGGAGUGCAUUUCUAGCACAGCAGAUCUUGUUGGUAAAAACAUUCCUAAAGUUAUUACUGAAUGCUUUACUGCACUUCUUGCCGACCAUUGCAUUCGAUCUGAAAACGAUAAUAUUGCUUCAUCAACUAUUGUGUGUCUGUCAUCACUUUCUGUUGUUCUUGGUCCUCGUAUCGUACCAUUUAUUCCAACUCUUUUGCCGACAGUGAUCCACAAUGGACAGGCAGCACUGGCUUCAAAUGCCGAUACUCGAUCAAUUGUUGUUUCUGCAGUGUUUGGAUUUAUUGUGAUAUUUAUCGAAACUCUUCCUCAGUUUGUUAGUCCCUAUCUUGGUGAUCUUAUUGGCUUUGUUGCUGAACCUCGUAUCGAGUCCAUGACACCUCGUAUCACCCAGCUUGCCUCGGCUAUUUCCAGUGGGCUGGCUCGUCAUAUUUCGGCACGUAUUAUUUUUGAUCCAAUGUCGAAACAGCUGACUACUGCUUUGAAAGCGAGUGAAUUUUCUACUGUUUCAAUUUGUAAACUGUUGGCUGAUGUCAUAUACAAUACACCUCAGCCGGCACUGAUUGAUUGCAUAAAGCCCCUUGGUGCAAUCAUGAUUCAAGGAUUUGGAUACCGCUGCAGUGGUCCUGGUGCGCCGGUUGCGCCAAAGGUAACAUUUUGA